CUUAAUGAUCCCCCCUCCAUCAUCAGCGGGGUAAAGGCUGCGGCUCUAACGUGACAGCACCCAGCUGGAGCCAAACGGAGCGGCGGCGCACAUGCGAACUCCUCAUCCCACCAGACUGUGAUGCACACGGGUGACGCCGCGCUCCUGUAUUCCGCACACUGGCGAAGACUGGCGUGGGAUCGGCCCCUGCUGCGCCUCAUCUGGAACAGCGUCGGGGAAAAUCCCGCAAUUUCAUAAGCGACUCUGUCCGUGUGUGUGUGAGUGUGUGUGAGUGUGCUCAGGAUUUUUUUUAGGCGAUCGUUGUUGAGAAUAAUCCGUUUUUUUAGGUGAACGUUUCCAUCGGAAGGAGAGGGGGGUUUCUGGACUUUGCAGAAGGCAGAGCUGCUCACUUCCGAUAGAGAAUCACCAACUAUAGGCUUCAAUAAGGAAUCAUGGGAAAGCAAAACAGCAAGCUGACCCCCGAGGUGAUGGAGGAUCUGGUGAAGAACACAGAGUUUAAUGAACAUGAGCUGAAACAGUGGUACAAAGGCUUCCUGAAAGACUGCCCCAGCGGCCGGCUGAAUCUGGACGAGUUCCAGCAGCUUUAUGUCAAGUUCUUCCCAUAUGGUGACGCGUCAAAAUUUGCCGAACAUGCCUUCAGGACCUUUGAUAAAAACGGAGACGGGACCAUCGAUUUCCGAGAGUUCAUCUGCGCUCUGUCCAUCACCUCCCGCGGCAGCUUCGAGCAGAAACUCAACUGGGCCUUUAACAUGUAUGACCUGGACGGUGACGGCAAAAUCACCAGAGUGGAGAUGCUGGAGAUAAUCGAGGCGAUCUACAAAAUGGUGGGCACCGUGAUCAUGAUGAAGAUGAACGAGGAUGGCCUUACACCGGAGCAGAGGGUAGACAAGAUCUUCAGCAAAAUGGAUAAGAACAACGAUGACCAGAUCUCACUGGAGGAGUUCAAGGAGGCGGCGAAGAGCGACCCGUCCAUCGUGCUCCUGUUGCAGUGUGACAUGCAGAAGUGAAGCCACCCCCCACCCCAUCACCCUGCUUGCAACGCUCUCUCUCACUACCCCCCACACACACACACACCACCCACCUCGUCUGUACACACCCUGGACAGCAGCACACGCUUUAAUGUCUCAUUAGGUUCUCUGCCAUUACCUCAGGUGGGGGAAAAAACAACAUAAUAAUAUAAAAGAAAAACAAAAUGCUUGGACUAUUUUUCAAUGGACUCGCUUCUUGUGGUCGUAUGCAUGAGAAUGUCAAAUGCAGAAUAAUUUUGAAAAAUAGUUAUAAGAUAUCACAGAUUUCUAUUUCCAGACAUGCCGGUGUGAUUCGUGCACAGUGACCCUGUAUAUUCUCAUCCAACCUUUAGCUUGUAUAUCAGUGGAGCACUGCUUUCCGUUUUGUUUCUGCAGUAUUUAGACCCCCCUCACCCCUCCAGUGUUCACUGCUGCAACUACUGUAUGCUUAACAUGAUAGUAACAAACAAUAAUUCCUAUGAUAAUUGUAAAUGUCUCUACUAUUCAGACUUGAGCUGACGGAGAAUAGAAAAGGCUCCUAUGUGUUCCACAUGUUCUCACUCAGUGGAACCAAGAAGAGUAGGUUCUUUGCAUGCAUAUAUUACGUGUCGAAAAAAAAAAAAUAUAUAUAAUCUCUUACCUUUUUGCAUCUUUUGGUGGCUAUAAAAGACAAAUUGGAAAUUCAUUUAGUAUUGUUGCAUGGGCUGUACAGUAUGUGACGCAUUAGAUCAUUAGUUGAUCCCCAGUAACGUGGGAGCAUGCUUCCCCUCCCCCCUCCAUUCGAUAAGCGUUCGUGUUUGACACUUGAGUUGUUCAAAAGGUGUUCAGGCCGUUGUCGUGGGUUGAAAAGCUUUCACGUCGACAUGCUGCUCCAUGUUUUGGCUUCGGUGACUUGUGGGUUGAGCAGAGAUGUACUCACAUGGACAUGAUUUUCCUUUUGAUCACAUCGUACUGCUGCCCUUUUAGAGGAAAGGUCAAAAUCCCGGCCAUCGUUAGGCGCGGUACUCCAAUAAUUAGCUUCUCUUUCUGGCUGUUUGUUUUGAUUUAGACUUGAAAACUUAAAAAAAAAGGUAACUAUAACUAACUUACAUAUCAACAUGUUUACAGAAACAAAGAGCACUGCGAAAUGAGUACGUUCUUAGCUUUUGGAUCCGCUGCAGGGAGCUUGCUCUCAAGGUUUAGGGAGCUUGUGAGGGUGGCUCCACUCCCAAUGCAGCUAAAACAACAACAAAAGCCUCAUCUAUGUUUACUGGACACACUGCAUUCCUUUGUGUAAAACUUUUUUGUAAGGAGAAACUUUUUAUUGAAUGGUCUCAUCUGCUAAGUACCUGUUUGUAGCGAUCAUUAAAGAUGCGGGAACCUCAAAGAGGCGUUCGAGGAAGUUUCGUACACUGUGAGACAGUUGCGUUUGGUUACUGCAGAAAUUCUUCUCUUUUUGAUAGUUGGCACCUUCACACCUUCCCCCCUCCUCUCAUGUGUAGGCUAUGCAAGCAUGGACAAGUCUGCUUGUUGUCCACUUGCACAAGUGGAAGGUGCAGAAGAAGCUUUUCAUUGUUUUUGUCUGGAACAUAAUUGAAGCCAACCCUCCAAUCUUCAGUGACUGCAUUAUUUCUACAUUUCAGUCCACACACCAGGCCAGAUUUUUUUUUUUCUUUCUGUUGAGUAAGUUUUGUAUCAGUUAAGACAACUCAUUAUACAACUGACUGUAUUAUUUAUACAUGUGGCAUGUGUUGCACCCAAACUCAGUUCUGUAGUGUUUGAAAUGAAUAAACCAUUGACAGGCUUUUUGGAAAGACACAGACUCGCAGGUGGAGUUAAUGGAUCAGUCGUGACUGCACUGAAAUGACAAAUCGAAAGAAAACAGAACGCCAAGGCUAAAAUGUAGAUUGCUUUAGGCCACCACCUGCAAUGAGAAUCUUAAACGUUCCUUAAAAUGACUCCUACAUGUUUGUUGAGCUCAGAGCACAUCGGUCUGAAAUUACAUCCUAGGUGUUCAGCUCAGUUCAGACACAAACAUUUUAAAAGUUAAAUUCCUUAAAAUUUACAGUGACUUGCACCCUUUAACUUGUCACAUUUUGUCAGGUUACAACCAUAAACUUAAAUAUAUUUCAUUGGAAUUUGUGUUGGGAUAGAGCAACACAAAGUAGUGCAUAACUGAGGAGUUGAAGUAAAAUGAAUUUUCAAUAUUUAUGACUAAUAAAAAUCUGAAAAGUG